GAAGUUAUGUGUAAUUAACUAACACAGGAUGUUUAAACUAUUACAUAAGACAAGAAUAUUUUUAAAACACCAAUAUAACAACACAGUAUACCAGCAGUGAAAGAUGAUGAUAGUGUUUGUGAUACUUAUCUACUUCAAUGGUCUCCUUGUUAGCUCUGAGAGUAACUACCUUCCCUUCCUGUAUCCUACUGACUAUCUAACAAUCAGCAAUACUUCUACUUUUAAUAAUGUUAAAGUAUCAUUCCCGUCCACACUGGAGUUUGGAUCAGAUUGUUUCAAGUGUGCAUAUAUUCAGACUAAAGGGUAUAUCACUCUUGAUGGUGUAUUUUUCAUUGAUCUAUAUUUUGAUCGUGAUAUAGAUUUAAUAGGGAGAGGUGAAGUACGUUAUGCUAUUAUAACUCCAACAACAAAUCUUUCAUUGUGCAAUCAAGUCAAUGAUUACUUAUCUAAUUCAACUGGUAGUAGUGUAUCUGUUAAAUGGAUACUGUGGGCCUACUGGUAUGAUCUAUGUCCAUAUACAGAUAAUGAUUGCAACCACACUGAGUCUAAUCAUUUUCAGGUUGUAUUAGCUCAUCAAAGUAAUGCCUCAUAUGCUGUGUUUAUAUACAAGUGUGGACUCAUACGAUGGACAACUGGAGCUUUUUUUGGCAUUAUUUAUGACUUUGGUAGAGAUACUCAUCCACUAGCUAAUACUAGUAAUGAUACUAACAUAGACUGCUAUGAUGCAGUAUCAGGAUGGACUAAUAUUGUAUACAGACUAAAUCAAGCUAUAGAGAAGUUUGAAUUCCUAUCCAUUACACCUCACAGUAUUACAGUAUCAUGGAAACUCAGCAUUCCAGCUAUUAACAGUACACUUAUUCUGAGUAUCACUGAUCUUCUUCAAACAGUUAAUGAUACAAUUAAUGUUACUGGACAUAAUGUAUAUACCUAUACUGAUGAAAUAAACCUUUGCAAUGUUUUUUAUACUUUCAAACUGACUCUACCAAAAGCAAAAACUGAUUGCAAUGAAGACAUAAAAUUAAUAUCAACAGCAUUGACACCAAAGCCUGACAAUGUAUCUGCAUUAUAUCUAACCAAUGAAACAUUAAUAAUAAGAUUUCAAAUACAUCAGUGCUUUAUGAAUGAAAUGCAACUAUUUUUGGUUGGAGCUAAUACUUUAAAUACAUUAGGUCCAUUGGAUAUUAAUAGCCUGCAAUACAUUGAUGGGUUUUAUAUUAUACACUGGAAUAUAAAACUAAAUGAUCAUUCAUUGUAUUACCUAACAGUAUCAGCAAUUGGUACAUAUGGAACUAGUAGCUCUAAUGUUACUAAAAUAAAUACAUAUAAUGUACAGGAUAUAAUAAUAGAGAGGAAUGAAGAUAUUGUCUGUUUUAUUUGUGUUACUGAAAAGCUUAAUGAAUGUCAAGUAAUAACAGGGUCAACAACAACAACACUGAUACCACAAUCAAUACAAACUAAUGGAACAUGUUAUUUAUUUACUGAUAAUGGAACAUACACUGUAUAUGCACAUGAUAUUGAGAAUGGAAUAAAGAUACUGACACCAGCAAUAGUUAUUGAAUACACAGUUGACUGGAUUGAACCAACACAAACUGCUACUGACAAUAUUGACCAUCAAAGUCAAUCACAGAUCAUUAUUAUAAUACUGGGAGAUCUCCUUGGACUCACAGCAUUUGCUAUUCUCAUACUAUCACUAGCAAUGAUUAUAAUACUGAGGAAAAAAGGUAAAGCAAGAUCUAACAACUCUAUAUCUAAUCAUACUCCAGAGGCUUAUGAGAUCCCAGUUACCACAAAAAAGAAUUUGUCAUUUGAAAUGAUAAGCAAUGAAAUACCAUCAACUAAUAAAAACUACUAUGAAACUGUUGUUAACAGUACAACAACAUAUGAUGUUCCAAGGCCACAAGCUUCACAGAGUUGAACAUUUUAAGUGAUACUCUACUAAUUAAUACAAUAAGACAUUUACAAUAUUUUAGAGUAUCCUAAAAGUACAAUGUAUAUGUGUGUAUAUAUUAGUGA